AUGGCAUCGGCAGCUCUCUCUGUGCAUCACUCUUUCUACUACAAGAACAGUUCAGCCCAAGAACUGAAAAGUAGGAGCAGGACCAGGAAUUGUCCCAGAAUUCUCAUUGUUUUAUCUUGUCAAAACAAUGAACCAAUAGAGAGAUCGACAACAAAAGCAAAGAAAGGAAAGGAUGAGAAGAGGCAGUUGUUUGCACUAGUUUUCACUGGUGUGCAGAAGUUUGGCAGAGGAUUGAAGGAAAAUAUGAGCCCACAACAGAAGGGUGACUGGAAAGAUGUGAUGUUAAUGAGUUUGUCAUUUGCUGUUUAUGUGUAUAUGUCUCAAAAGAUUGAUGGAUCGGAGAUCUGGUUUCAUCUCAAAGUUGAAAUGGGAUACUGA